GAGCAGAAAUGAGACGCUCCUCCAUCGCCAUCUUGGUUUUGCUGUUACCAUGGUGAUGGAAACAGCACAUGUCAAAUGAAACCGAACAAACUCACAACGUAACGAGCCAAACGCACGGACUGCAGUGUGAAAGGGACAGAUUAGGUGCCUUCUGGAAGCCGAAGACACCUGUGGAUCAUGAGAGCAGGGUCCAGUAAUGCAAGUUCUAGGAACAGCUCUCACUCUCGUCGAUAUCGCACAAGGGCUGCCACCUCAGAGGUAGAUGAGAGCCUGUUUGGGAGCCCUAGAAGUAAAUCAAUCCCAGAUAAAGACAAACGAGAUCGCUCAGCACCCAACCCAAGAGUUCGUGUUCAGCCUAACAAAAAUGGUGAAACUCUUCAAAUCAUCACCAAGGACCUUAUCCGUGACCUCAGGAUCCCAUAUGAGGAUCCUUCUGGACAAUCUAUAAUUCUGCCUUCAGCUUUAUUGGAACAGACCAAAGCAAAUGCCCAGGUCCUGACAGACGAAGAGAUUCAAGCCAUGAAGGAGGCCUCACAAAGAAAGAAAGAAGAAGAAAUCGCAGCAGCAGAGGAGAAAAAGCGUCUGAUCAUUGAAGCAGAUCUGUCCAAACUGGCAAACCCGACUCUAACAGAGGAGGAGCUGGAGGCCCAGGAGAAGACACAGCGCAUGUUAGACCAGGCCCACAUGCUCAGGAUGGAGCAGGAGGACGAGAUCAAACGUCUCAACAGAUUGAUUUUAGAGGUGAAGUGUCAAGCCUCCCGUGAUGCUCAGAUGCAGGAGAAGGCUGAGAUCCAAACUGAGAUGAGCGAAGAGGAGAAGAGAUUGGACACCAUGAUGGAGGCGGAGCGGCGCAAGGCCUUAGAGACGAUGGAGAAGAUUGACGAGCUGCACAAGAUGCAGAGAUACAGUGGAAUGCAAGAAAUCUGCAAUCAAAUCAGAGAGCGAGAGGAGGAGCGACAGUUUGAAAAUGAACUGAAGGAGCUGGAGAAACUGCAGCUCCGGAAGAAACAAGAGAUGAUGAACUUGGAGGACCUUCAGACUUUAGAGAAGAAGAAGAAGGAACAGGAGCAGCUACAGGAGGAGAUCAGGAGAAUCAACGCUGAGACACUGAGGGCAAAAGAAAAGAGGAAAGAAGAGGAGAAGCUUGCAGACCUGAGAGCAAUGGAGUACAUCAAAGAGAAAAUGGAACGGGAGGCCAAGCAUGAAGCUGAGCAGAGACAAAUCAAAAGGGAAAAGGAGUUGGAGAUUGCCAGACUUAGGGCACGACAAGAGAAAGCUAAAGACUAUCAGGCCAAACAGGAUGAAAUACGCGCUCGAAGAAACCAAGAAAUUAUGGACAGAGAGUGGAGAAGAAAAGAGAAAGAACUGGCUCUUAAAAAGGCCAGUGAGCAGGAGAUGUUGAAGGCUGCACGAGCUGAGCAGGUCCAGUACAAAGAGCAUUUCCUGUCCAUCGAAGCAGGUCGGGAGAAGGCAGAGUUUGAGAGAGUACUCAAAGUGCAACAAGAGGCAAUCACCAAAGAGAAGGAGGAAGAGGAAAAGUUCCAGCUGAAUGCACGGAGAAACGCAGAGGCCAUCCGUCAGCAGGUUAAAGAUCGUGAGCUCUCGGCCAUCGCCAAAAGGAGAGAAAUGUUUAAAGACGCAGAGCAGCUGAGCGAGGAGGCACGGCUGCGGCGACUGAGGCUCAGCGAGAUCAAGGCCAAGAAGCUGAACGAUCUCAGGGCGACUGGACUCUGUGAGAAGUACUGCAGUGAAGUGGAGAGGAAAGCAGGGUUUUGAUCCACACGAUGAAUCACAAAUUGAGUUUAAAUUAAGCUUUAACAAAACUGUAAUCACUAAAUUGCUAUAAAUAAAAUGUACACCCACCCAU